UUUCAAUUUUAUUCGAAGUUUCGAGCAAAAAUUAACUACAUAUCACUUUACAUUAGUGGUAUAGAUAACUUAUUCAAAUAAAAAAAAUCCAAAUAAUUCAACUAACAUAGCCUCUAUUAAUUUCUAUGAUCUCUUCGGAUCAUAAUUAGAUGCCAAUCCAACAUAUUACACUUAUGUAGGAUCCUUAACUAUACCAGGUUGAAUUAUAAUCUAUUACCUUAGAUUGCUAUGAAAAGUGAAUUGGUCAUUCUAGUUGCUUUUAACACUUAUUUCUUAAGUAACUCAACUUUCGCUUCAAGAAAUGGAAAUAAUAGUGCUAUUCAGUCAGCUAAUGAUAGAACGAUUAAGAAAGGAGGAGUAGCAUGUGAAGAGUAAUGUGUCUUCUUUUUUUCCUUCUUUAUCCUUUAAAUGUUAGUAAUUAAAUUAUUUUCUAAUUAGUAUGAUCAUAAUAUUCUUUACCAAAAUUAAUCCAUCUUAAAUUAUGAAAAACUAUCCACCGCUGUGA